AUGCAGAACAAUGCCUUCAACGUCCACGCAUCACGCGCCAACAUGACUGCUCGCCAAGUCUAUGUUGUGAUCUACAACAUCCAGAUGCGAUUGGGGCUUAGCAAGGGUCAUGACGGUGGAUGGUCCGGAAAAGCAAGCCAGAUGAUCCUGGAGACUCUUGGAAAGGCUAAGAAAAGCAGGACUACAUCGCAGGCAACAUGCUCCACGCCAUUGGCGCUUGAAAACUCUGCGAGUGAUCCCUUGGCCAUCCAACACCGUGUCCUUGAGGAGGGUACAGCGGCCACGUGGCAGAUCACACUACAGACCCGCCAGAUGGUGAAAGUGACAGCAGUAGCUCGGACGACGACAGCCACAGACGACACGCGAAAAAAACGCAUCAUGAACAAUGUCUUGAAGACGAUCAAGAAGGCCAAGAGCAAGUAUGAGGGAGUGUAA